AUGCGCCGCAUAUUUUCUUCAGCGCCAAGGCAGUACGUGCGUUAUGCCUCGUACAUGGCUGGCCUUUUCAACUUUCGUGUCGUCUCCGAAGAGCUCUUCCCGUACCCCUCUCGGAAGCUGGACAGUGAUGAGUCAGAAACUGUGCAGACACUCAUUGAACAGAUCCGCAGCAGUGAUAAGGAGCUGAAUCUCGCAGGCGCUCGAAUCGCAACUGAGUAUGGCGGACUGGGGCUAGGGCAUACAGCGCACGCUCUCAUCUGUGAGGAGGUAGGGACCAGCGGCGACAGCAAGCUUCUACAGACGAUUCAGCACUGUGGAUUCGCAUCCUAUUUGCUGUCUACAGUAGGUUCGAAGGAAGUGAAAGGGAAGUACCUUACGGGAAUGUCCGAUGGCACGAUUAUGAUGGGGUGGGCUACACAGGAGGGCUGCGGGAGUGACAUUAGCAUGAUUACUGCCAAGGCUACGAUCACAAGCACCGGCAUGUACGUGCUCACAGGGUCCAAACAGUGCAGGUUCGCUGAAAGUGCGACACACUAUCUGGUACUGGCCAAGACGCUGACUCAGACUGCAGCGGAGGCGGGGCCGAUGGAGGUUUCGCGGAACACUUUCUUUAUCGUAGAGAAGAGCGCAAAAGGGGUGAGCGUGAAUGGAGAAAUCGUUAACUUUGAAGAGACUCCCGUUGCUGACGUAGUUGGCGUAGUUGGGGAAGGGUUCAAGAACCGCAUGAUCACAUUGUUCACUGAGCAGUACGUCUAUGCGUCCACGUUGCUCGGCAUUUUGAAGCGGGUCGUGCAAGAGCUGCGGGGAAGUGUACCGGAACAAUGGGCUGCUGACACAGUCGCAUCGUGCGCGUGCGCUAUGUACGCCAUGGAGUCCGCUCUCUACGCUCUAACUGCCAACCUAGAUUUGCCCACCGAAGACAGCUUGCUGGAUGCAGCUCUGGUUAGUGUAUUCGUGCAGAGUAGCACGAAUAGAUGGCUCAGCAUUCUGUCGACGGCAACCCCCAUGAACGCGAUCCUCGAAAAGUGCUUUGCAAACGCGCGUCUUAUGUUGUCUAUGAUGGAGUCCAUCGAUUUUCUCUAUUCAUCCGCCGUCUGCUGUGGGGUUGAGGACUACGGUCUUGUCUUUCAGCGCACGUCUACGUUGCAGAUGGUGCAGUUGCGGACGAUGCGGUCGAUAGGCAUGAAGGAUCGCGUGCCGGUGCGGGAGCUGGACUGCUCCGCCAUCGACUCUGCUGUGGUUGCCUUUGGUAACGCUGUGGAGGCCGCCUUUGUCCGUAAUGGCUCCCAGGUGCCUCUGCAGCAGCUCAUCAUUAACCGCCUUGGUGAAGCAGUGUCGUUGCUAUACGCCGCCUCUGCCAGUGCGUCGCGCGCGGCCAUGUGUCAAAGCAAGUGUCUGCUGACUGCCAAAGUUGAAAAGGAACUGGCCAGCACCUUUAUCGCCAUGGCCACCAACCGUGCAAUUCAGCUCUCUGAGGAGUCCUGCAACGUUGGAAUGACUGCCGAUGACUCCUACAAGCGGAUUGCAGUGGAGAUGUGCGAUGAAGUAUUGCGGUCGUAG